GUAAUGGUGGAACUGUAGGCUAACUACUAUUUAUAAUUCAUUGGGAAUAUUUGUAAUAAUAAUGGUUUCCGAUUGGAUCGCUUGCUUGAAUCGAAGGCCAGCUGACAGAACUGGAGAAGACAUUGAUAUCAUUUAUGCUAAACUGAAGGACAUGAAAGUAUUUGAGCGAUUUCAUCCAAUGGUAUUGCAGCAAAUAUGUUACUAUGGUUACUAUGAAGAUCUCGAGGAAGGCAUCGUCUUAUUUCGUCAGGGUGAUAUUGGAGUGAGCUGGUACGCUAUACURGACGGAACACUGGACGUUAACGUCUCUCACACUGGACACAUGGAGGAUUCUGUUACUAUUUGCACACUUGGUCGUGGUAAAGUGUUUGGAGAAUCAGUGAUUGACGAUACACCAAGGAAUGCAACUGUAAUAACAAGCACAAGGUGUGUAAUGAUUCGUGUCGAGAAGAAGGAUUUCAGGCAGAUAUGGGAGAGGAGUAAACAAUUCCUGGAAGGUAUUAUUUUUCCUGGCACUCAGAGUAGAACGMCUGCACAGGCUGAUCAAGUUUUACCAGAUCCAACAAAGAAACCAGAGCAUCCAAAGAACAAGGAAAAGAACCAACCGAAGCGAUCCCUGGUUCGUGCCUCGCAAGUAUUACGUACCCUUAUGAUGAACACGUCACCAAAGCUUCUUAAGGACCAUAGGUACAACAUGCGGACGUACCCACAAUCCUUUGUGGGCUCUGAGGCAAUUGGAUGGCUGCUUAAAAAGUCCAGAUUAGUCCAUAGCAGAUUCCACUCCUUGAGCAUGUGGCAGGCUCUACUAGAAGAAGGCAAUAUUACUCAUGUUACCAAUGAGUAUGAAUUUCGGGAUAGGAAUAUUCUGUACAAGUUUGUCAUCAACGAGAAGCAAGAGGAGAGCCUUCCUAAUGACCGUGGGGACUUAGAAGAUGAACUUGACGAAAUAGURACAUAUCUUGGAAACCUUGGUCCAGACGCCAUGUUUAGAAUGGCUUUGAAAAAAGAUCCUGCCAAACGAAGCGAGUGCGACUUGGAUUUGAUCUACGAAGAGCUUCUUCACAUCAAAGCUUUAUCAAAUGUUUCUACAGUGGUAAUCAGGGACUUGUCGACUGUCAUUGAACUGGAAACAUACGAAAAAAAGGGAACAGUGUUGUUCACACAAGGGACUGAAGGCAAAUCCUGGUAUAUCGUUUUAAAGGGUUCUGUCAAUGUGGUGGUGUUUGGAAAGGGCGUGGUCUGCCAGCUUGGAGAGGGAGACGAUUUUGGSAAAAUCUCUUUAGUCAACGAUGCUCCAAGAACCGCUAGCAUCGAGACAUGCGAGGAUAAUUGUCAGUUUCUAAGAGUYGACAAAGAGAAUUUCAACAGAAUGCUCAGAGAUGUUGAGGUCAAUACAGUGAGGAUGAAAGAAGGAGGGCAAGAGGUCUUAGUGUUGAAGCAAGUCAUGCAGCGUCGGUUUGAUGAGUUUGAAGUUACCAAUCACCAAUACCAGUAUGCAGUGAUGGCAGGGACCGUUGAAAAGAUGAUUGAACAUAUGCUCGAAUUACCAGUCGAAAUUAGCAAUAAACGUAAAGAUACUUUUCUACAGGACUUUCUCUUGGCUUACCAGUUGUUCAUGACAUCUGAAGAACUGUGUAUGGAGCUGCUAACAAAAUACCAUGGUAAAGCGAUUCUCAUGAAUGAACAAAGAAACACAAACAGUGCAGAAAUCUUGGAACAUUGCCUCAUGAUCAAGAAAAGAGUUGCUAACGUAUUUGUGCAAUGGUACAAAAGAGCUCAGAACUUGCUUGAUGAAGACGAAAGAUCCUUUUUACUAAUCAACGAUGUGAUGUCAGCUCUCAAGGCUGAUAAUUUAACAGAAGAGCUAGAACUACUGAACGACGUUAUAUACAAGAAGAAAGAUCCUAUAAUUCCUAAGGUUGUUGUAAAGGACACCCAAGCACAUACAAUCACGCGUCGUUCAUUGUCCUUCUCAAUGCCAUUUCGAACAUGGACUUUGCCCGAGUCAGAGAGAUUGUACAAGAAGACACCUAUUUCACCAAUAAAACAGGAAGACCACGUGAUCUUCAAAGUUUUUUGUGCGGAUCACACAUACACCACCGUGMGGCUCAAAUAUGGCGACACGGCAGAAAAAAUUCUUGAGACAAUUGAAGAACGUGUUCAUUUUGGUGAUGACUGUGUUCUUUGCGAAGUCAAGUCUGAUAGUGAAAUUAUACCUUUCAAACCAGAAGAAUUAUCAGUKAUAACAAGGCUAAGUGUCAAUGGAAAGCUCUUCGUAGCACCGAGAGGACAUCUUGAUUCUUUGACACCACUGUCAGAGCAGGAGGGCCCCAACUGCGGCACAUUUCUAUCACAAGAGAAUGUAUCGUCGAGAGAGAUCGCGUACUACUUGACGGAAUACGAUUAUGAGUUGUUCUCUAAUGUCAACAUUUACGAAUUGAUUUAUUAUAACUUCGGUCGCACCAGCUUCAACAAGAUCACAUCCAAUCUGGAUAUUUUCCUUCGACGUUUUAAUGAGGUGCACUUCUGGGUGAUAACCGAAAUUUGUAUGGCAAACCAGCUCAAUAAAAGAGUUCAUUUGUUGAAGAAAUUCAUCAAGAUAGCCACACACUGCAAAGAAUACAGAAAUUGGAAUUCUUUCUUUGCAAUCAUCAUGGCACUUAACAAUGUUGCCGUCAGYCGGCUUUCUCUUACUUGGGAGAAACUUCCAGGAAAAUUUCGAAGAAUGUACCAGGAAUUCGAUGCUUCGCUGGAUCCUUCAAAGAACCAUCGUGUYUAUCGUCUKGCGAUUGGAAAGAUGAAACCUCCAAUAAUCCCAUUCAUGGCAAUAUUGAUGAAAGAUAUAACAUUCACUGAUGAAGGCAACAAGACCUAUUACGAUGACUUGAUCAAUUUUGAGAAGAUGAGAAUGAUAACAUCAACACUACACCUGAUUGAGUACUGCCGCAGUGAGCCGUUUGAGUCUCCACCUACGAAACACACGAGUGACAUCACGUAUUACUUGAGAAAUCUCUCUGUGAAUGAUAACCAAAGGACGUUGAUACAGAUGUCACAUCGCUUGGAGCCUCGAAAGACCUAACUGAUGAACUCAGAACUGAUAAAAAAAAUUAACGUUAACAGCAAUUUGAUUGGCUCUUUAGCUGUUUCAUGUAMCUGAAAUGACCGGUUCCCCGGCUUGCGCGAGCGUCAAAAUUGUUAGUUUUCCCGCUUUUUUCUGUUUCGCUAAAUGCACAAACUUUAACGACAACAUCAAAUUUUAGUUUSGUGUAAUUUGUACCUUUUGUUUUCUUCAUCUUUGAACUUUCAUAAAUUUUUAAAUAAUUAGUUUGUUCAUAGGAUAUAUCAUUUGUGAAAUACUCUGAAAAGCCUCUUGAGGACUGUCUAUCAAAUAUGGGUAUUUCAUAAAAGUUCAUUAUUAUUAUUAUUCAAAGCAAAAUAACCGUUAUGAAAGAAUUUACAUUCACAAAAUCCGUGUCACUGCGAGCCCAUGUAACAACAUAUACAUAAACAGGAGCGUCCAUAUGCUAACUCUUGAGGAGGGUUUGGAAGAUUUUGUCCGUGCAAGAAUUUGUUUAGUACUUCAGACGCGCGCAUGUAAUAUUUUUUGUACAUUUACAAAAGCUUUAGUGCAGAUUAUUUUGCCUUGUAGGAAUUUUUUCCAAAAAUCUUCGCCUCUAAAAUGAAUCGUUUCUUUCCGUGCAAAAAUAUCUAUCAUUAAAAAAAAUAUUAAUAUAUUCCUDAUGCCAAUUUUA